AUGCCUCCUGUCAACAAAAAACUUGAUGUCAACGUAAAAGUAUCAGUUAGCAAGCGUUCCAUCACUGAUAAUACAGUGAAAACUAUAUUACUCCGAAAGACGAUUGCACGAUCUGAGGAAAAUGGUAAGGUGAUGUACAAUGUACUGUUGGAUGAAGCAAAUGGCCACAUCCUCAAGCUUAGUGAAGGCGCUAUCAAGUACGUCGGCCCUCUUUCAACUCCUGUAGCUCAGGAGACUGUUGUCGACACCAAUGUAGUCGAAGCUGAAGAUUUGUUGGAAGAUGCAGUGGAUGAAGAUGAGGAAGAGGAAUCCAUCGAUUUGAUUUCAAGUCGUGGGUGGACUGCUGAUGAGGCCUAUAUGGACUCUCGUCUAAGUGGUUCAGCAGAAGGAUUCACCUCCUUGAACUCUCGUUUAAUGAUGAACAAUGGAAGAUAUGCCUCUCCAUUGGAUUAUUUCUUGUUCUUCCUUCCUGUGGAUCAUUUUUAUUCCAUUAUCCACAACACCAACCUUCAUGCAAGAAGUCUCGGCCAUUGGGAAGAUAUCACCUUUCAUGAAUAUCUCAUGUGGAUCGCACUCUUGACGGUAAUGACUGUGGUCAGACAUGGUGAUAGAAAGGCAUAUUGGAGACAAGGCCAGUCUUUUUUCUUGAUGAAUGUUGACUUUAGUCAAUAUAUGUCUUUUAACAGAUUCAAUGACAUUAUGAAGAUGCAUGUUUUUGAACUUCCUUCAAAGCAGGUUCAGGAGCUUGACCCUCUUUAUCAAAUUAGGUCCACCACCCAAGCCUUCAAUGAUCACAUGGCUAAAUGUAUAAUACCAGGAAAAUAUCUUGUUAUCGAUGAAUCCAUGAAUCAAUGGUUAGGUACUGGUAUGCCAAAUUUGAAGAAGGUUCCUAGAAAGCCACAUCCAAUCGGACAAGAGUUUAAGACGUUGGCUGACAAUCACUGCUACUGCAUUUUAUGUAUCGAUACAAAUAUGACAAAGAUUCUGGUAUGA